AUGAAGUACGCCGCUGUUCUUACGACCGUUGCCGCCCUCGCCUCUCGGGCCUUGGGCGCUGGUGUCUCUGGCACCGCGGAGGGCUUCGCAUCUAGCGCUACUGGUGGUGGCAGUGCCACCGCCGUCUACCCCACUACCACCGAUGAGCUGGUCUCCUACCUCGGUGACGAUGAGGCCCGUGUGAUUGUUCUGAGCCAGACUUUCGACUUCACCAACACUGAGGGUACCACCACGGAGACUGGUUGCGCUCCUUGGGGAACUGGCUCCGCCUGCCAGGUGGCCAUCAACAAGGAUGACUGGUGCACCAACUACGAGUCCAGCGCUCCCUCCACCUCUGUGACCUACGAUAACGCCGGUUCUCUUGGUAUCACUGUCAACUCCAACAAGUCCCUGAUCGGCGAGGGCACCAAAGGUGUCAUCAAGGGCAAGGGUCUCCGUAUCGUCAACGGUGUCGAGAACGUCAUUAUCCAGAACAUUGCUGUCACCGAUAUCAACCCCAAGUACGUCUGGGGUGGUGACGCCAUCACUAUCAACCAGGCCGAUCUUGUCUGGAUCGACCAUGUGACCACUGCUCGCAUUGGUCGCCAGCACUACGUCCUCGGAACCGAGGCUGACAACCGCGUCACCCUCUCCAACAACUACAUCGAUGGAGAGUCUGACUACUCGGCCACCUGCGACGGCCACCACUACUGGAAUGUCUACCUGGACGGCUCCAGCGACAAGGUUACUAUGAAGGGUAACUACUUCUACAAGACCAGUGGCCGUGCUCCUAAGGUCCAGGGCAACACCUACCUGCACGCUGUCAACAACUACUGGAACGACAACUCCAACCACGCCUUCGAGAUCGGCUCCGGUGGUUACGUCCUUGCUGAGGGUAACACCUUCGCCGACGUCACCGCCGCCGUCGAGGACUCCUCCUUCGAGGGUGAGCUCUUCUCCUCCUCCAGCGAUGCCGACACCUGCAGCUCCUACAUCGGCCGCGCUUGCAAGGCCAACUCGUUCACUAACUCGGGUGACCUCUCCGGCACCACCGUCGACGUUCUCUCCAAGUUCAAGGGUGAGACCGUUGCCACCGCUGACACCGCCAGCACUGCCCCUGCCUCCAAUGCUGGUCAGGGUAACCUGUAG